AUGGCAGAAGUUCGACCAUCUUCGGAAACCCUUCGUUUUCCUAAUUUCAUUGAACGGUAUACAACCCAGCGAUUUGUCAUAAACGUUGACGAGAAUGAUGGAAGCGACCAAUUUAUAUUUCUUCAUUCCAAUGGGUUAGUACUUGUUGGACUUGCGAGAACACAUCCAGUGUGCAAAGCACAAGAUAUUAAAGUGGCUAUUAACACUCAAAAAGAAAAUCAGGUGAAAGGAAGGCAUAAAUUUGGUGCACAAAACGUCAAGCCAAAAACAGUGUUAAUCACGGUGGUGGCUGAUGGAGUGGAGUAUAAGGUACAUGCGUUGACCUCUGGGCGUUUGCUUGAAAUGAACGAAUCACUCACCGAUCAUCCAGAACUCCUCAAAAACGAAAGCGAGGGGAAAGGAUUUGUAGCAAUUUUACAAAAGAACCCAAACGAGAAAAAUCCAGAGGAAAUGGAAUCACUCAGCCUUGAGGAAUUUUGCAAACUCAGAAAUUUGGAAGUCCCACAUUAUAUCCCAUUACCUGUGGCCAACGAAGAGUACGACAUCGACGAUUAUAACUGA